AUGCGUGCCGCGAUGAAGGACAGCGGGGCGGACGAUCUCCAUACGCUGCAGGAGGAGCUGAAAAGGCUCGGUAUCAGUGUCGUCUCGGGUCGCCAAGACACCGUCAUCUCUGUGAAGAUCAAGGGUCUGGCCGGUCGAGCGCUUUUACGCGGACUUCGACUAGCCGACCAACUGCUGCAAGAGAAGAUCAAACAGGCACUAAGAACCUGCACAGAUCCAGCCACAAAGCUCUUCACGGAUCCGACCUUCGGACCGGGUAAUAGCGACCCAGACGGGGCUGCAGCGAUCUGCAAAGCUGGUGCUGUGGUUUCUGCCAAGGGCGGCUCGCAGCAUCAGGCGAAGGUUCUCGGUUUGCUUCAGCGUGGGAAGAUUCGAUGGGAACGACCCAUUUACGCGCUGGAGAACGAUGAAAAUGACAACAGUCCGCAGGAAGAAGAGGAGGGGGAGGACUCUUACCCGAUGGCAUCGACUGACCACGUCUUCGCUUCGAAUGCAACUCUGUUUGCUGAUGGGGUGUCUUCGGGAGAUGUAAUCCAAGGAAACCUGGGGGACUGCUGGUUUUUGAGUGCGUUGAGUGUGGUCGCUACGAGAUCAGAUUUACUGGAGCAAACCUUCUGGCGCAGCGAUCAGCACAAGUCUAAGGGGUUGUUUGUGUGCAAGUUCAUGAAGAACUUUGUCUGGAACUACGUCCUAAUUGACGACCGCCUCCCAGUGUUCGGGUUCACCGACAAGAAAGCGGGAAAACCUUACUUCGCUCGCUGUCGAAAUCCGAACGAGCUUUGGGUCUCUCUGCUGGAGAAGGCUUACGCGAAACUUCACGGAAGCUAUGAGGCGUUGAUCGGUGGCUUCGUUGACUGCGCUUUGAAUGACUUGACUGGGAUGUGCUCGGAGCAGGUCAUUCUGAAAGAAGGAUUCCCUGGUUUUGGUGAGAAUCCAUAUAUUCCCGCCAAGCCACAGCAAAAGCACGGGGACCCAUUCUGGGAGAAACUUACACGAUACAAACAGUCCGGGACACUAAUGGGGUGCUCCAUCCAGCCUCCUGUAACAGCGAAGGAUGUCGCUGUGGAAUCCAGUGCAGGAAAUGGUCUGUACUUCAAGCACGCGUACGCUCUUGUGGAUGUAGCCGAGAUUAAAACUACCAAAGGUGAAUCGGUUCGGCUGGUAAAACUCCGAAACCCGUGGGGAAUGGGAGAAUGGACUGGACCAUGGUCGGAUUCAAGUGAGGAACGGGCGCAAAAUGAGGAUGCAAUUGAGAAGUUCUUUAAAAUUCUGAAGCGAAGAGUUGGUGCCAACGCUGAGAAGCGGGUGUUUAUGACGAUCAAUGCCCAACAAAAAGUUGGCGCAGAUGAAAUUUCCCAAGAAGAAGUCGUUGAGAUCAACGCUAAUGAUGGGACUUUCUUCAUGUCCUACGACGCUUGGAUGCAGUCGUUUACACACUUUUUUGCCGGCAUAGAUUUUCCUGAUGCUUGGCAUGGUCGGCGCUCAGAGGGGAGUUGGAAUGAAGCAAACUGUGGUGGCAACACUACAAAAAGCACGUGGAUCAAUAAUCCACAUUUUGAACUGGUGCUUGAUCAGCGCGCCCGUAUUUUUGCUUCCUUGAGCCAGGAGGACCCUCGUGGUAGUGAAAACCUCAAGAUUGUUCCUGUCGGCUUUCAUAUCUGCUCACUCAGCCCCACCGGGAACGACCCCAAUAAGUUCGAGAUUAGAGAACCCUCGAAGAAGCUGGAUGCGUACUAUCGACUGUACAAGCCAGCAGACCGAGAAAGUUUUCAGACCGGCAAGCGGCCGGAGCACCUUCCACCUGCGAUUAUACCUGGAACUGUGAUUCCGGGUAUUGACGACGAUGGCGUGCCCCAAGCAGAGUAUACGUUCAAGCAAGCCGUAUCGGUUGAAGCUACUAUGGAGCCAGGCAGAUACUGCAUUAUUCCCAGCAUGUACAUGAGAACGGACAAAGCCACCGGAAAUACCAAUGUUGGGAACUUUUGGCUCUCGGUGUACUCAGACAAGCCUUCUUUUCGUUUAGAAGGCGGAGAGAAAAUUGUCGAGGAAGAGGAAGGAGACGAAGAGUCUCAAAGCAAUGGUGAGGCCUCUCGCAAAACCUCGAGUGUCGUACCUGCCCCUCUUGACAAAGGGUUAUCCACCGCAAGCUCAAGCAAAAAGUCGGAUAGGAUUACAGCUACGGGAAAUGCGCUUGCGGCUGAAAGGAGACGCAAGUUCGAGAAUGAAAAGGAGGAGUUGCUGAGGCAGGCGAAGCGCUUUGGAAUCGGACUGCGAGAGCUGCGAACGGAAUUUGCUAAGACACCGAGGGUCCAGAAAGCAGAAUGCCGACAGAAAUUACAGAGGCUUGGCUUCAAUAUUGCAAGUUGGGACGACGAGAAAAUUGGGUUACUCUUUGGAGAAGAAGAUGGGGUGGCUACCGGGGCGAUUCACACAGACAAAAUCCUCAAGUUAUUCACGCCUGAUAUUCAAGAAGAGAAGAUGGCUUGUGAGCUUCCGGAUAUGGAGGAAGACGGAGACGACACCGAUAACAUCCAUCGAGAGGGAAUUCUUGAGAUCGAAGUCCACGGUGCCAGUGGCCUCGCAGUCUGCGAAGCGCGACGAACUAUCGUCCAGAGGAAGGUUCAAAUCCUAGCUCCUGAGUUUUCAUCGUCCCAUAACGCCCUUCGACGAAGGAUAGCGCUUGAAAUUUUUGAACGGGACCCCGCAAUGGCUUGGCAUCUUCGUCAUUUUGCCCGACAGUCUGCGCUGCUGGCAAGGACUCGUUACGCCCAACCGGAAAAGAUUCGGGAUGCAUCUACACGCUCACCACCACUACUGAACUCAUCCUCUGUGGCAAACUUUUACGAUAUGCUGGAAAAAGAGUACGCCGCUCGGCUUCUCUCUCGAACAAACACACCGGACGAAGUCGAGUUUGAUAUUCACGUCAGCCGAACGCCAACGUAUUCCAGGAGAGAAGGGGCCUCGUAUUUCCCAGCAUUAUCACCCAAGGGGUCCCCUAGUGUGAUAAUGAGUCUACCCUCUUCAAAUGCGGUAGACUUGCACAAGAAUAACCGGAUCCGAGACCUCGAGGCCAAGCGAUCAGCCAAGUUAGCGUUAUUGCUUCAGCACAAGCAACAGGCACUAGGUGAUGCGGAGAAAACGUCGGCGUUACCGCGGUUGAUUGGAGGGAGGAAGAGUGGCUCGAGUCACGUGGACUGCAUCGACUGUGGCGUGCGGGUCCUUGUCGGGGGGCGCGGAGACCACCAAUCUGCAGCUUUGGCUGAAAGUGGCAGCUGUCCAUGCAAUGGUGCGAACUGCGUGAACGUAUUUUGCUCUACCUGCUACUCCUUGCUUCCCACCAAAAGCAAACUAUGUGAGGAGUGCUUCCAGCAUGAAAUAUUUUCUGAAGAAGCCUCCGGCGAGCAGUUGCGAGUGGUUCUGAUCGAGAAAAUCGGUGGAUCGGACCAGCAACGAGCGCAUUUGGAUGAAGUUUUCAGCUCAUUUGAUGCGGAUGGAUCGGGGUCAUUAAACCCGCUGGAUUCGAUGCGAAUGGAGACGGCGAGAUCAGUCUGA